AUUUGAUACGUGCUCCACUUAUAAACAAAUCAACCUUAAUUACAUCUUUGAGGUCGUUAGAACUUUUAAAUCAAACAGGAACAGCCCACUACUUAUAGAUCAAGCAAACAAACAGUCAUAGUUAGAGAGAGAGAGAGAGAGAGCAUGGGUUUAACAUGGAAAAAGGAGCACAUAGAUAUAGUUCUAGUCCCAACUGGGUUACUGAUCAUGUUUUGCUAUCAUCUCUUCCUCCUUCACAGACACCUCAGACUUCCCCAUACCACUACCAUGGGCCAUGACAACCAUUACAGAGGAGCUUGGAUUGAAAAAAUGAUGCAGGUUGAAAGCAAGGACAGAAGCCAAGCUUUAACAGUGAUCAACAGCAACAUUUCAGCAGCAUUUAACCUCGCCUCAAUCUCCUUAGUUCUUAGCUCUCUGAUCGGGGCAUGGAUCGGAAGCUCGUCGGAAACCACCUUCACAAGCCAACUCAUCUAUGGAAACACAAGCCAAUCAGUCAUUGCCAUCAAGCACAUAAGUCUGCUCAUCUGCUUUAUAGUGGCUUUUGCUUCUUUUGUGCAGAGUGCUAGGUGUUACGUUCAUUCGAUUUUCCUCAUAACCAUGCCAAACGCGGAUAUUCCGAUUACUUACAUUCAGCAGGCGGUGGUGUCCGCGAGUAAUUUCUGGUCGGUCGGCAUGCGCGCCCUGUACUUUGCCACCCCUCUGUUGAUGUGGGUUUUUGGUCCGGUACCGAUGUUUGCUUCCUCUUUGGUUACGGUGGUAGUGUUGUAUAACCUGGACUGGAAUUCAACUCCACUGCUUGCGUUUCAACCAGCCGGGGAACGGCCUGAGAUUUUGAAGAAGAUUGGUCAGGAAAUGACUGCUGUGGGUAGAGCUAUUGGUCAGGAAAUGACUGCUGUGGGUAGAGCUUUCGAGCACCAUGGGAGACCAUAGGGGAGUCAAAACAGAAGCUUCUCAGAUGGAGAAAAAUGAGCCAGAACCUACAACCACAAAAAUACAAGGAAUGCUAGAAUUUUCUUUUCCUUCACAGUAUUUGCAAUGCAAGACAAACCGGACAAGUAAUCUAUUUGUGCUUGUGUAAGCCACUACAUAGUGAUUUUUUCUGUCCUCCAAUACUGCUACACCACGCUGUAUUGGUGCUAUAAAAAAUACACAUCCGUAUUGGCCAAU